AUGUUUCCCUUCGGGCUCGGGAGCCCGGCGGGGGGCCGGGGGGCCGGCCGCAGGGGGGAAGAGCCGGUGCACCCGGAGGGGCCUCCCGCCGCCCGGCCGCUCCCGCUCCCGUCCCCGCCCGCGCCCGGAGCCCCGACGCCGUCGCCGGCGGCGCGCGCCACGGAGCUGGAGCCCGGCUCGCCCGUCGGGCCGCCGGGGCCGCCGGGGUCGCCGGGGUCGCCGGGGUCUCCGGGGCCGGCGGCCGAGGCCAGGCCGGGCGGCAGGGGCGGCGCGGGCGGCCCCGGAGCGCGCCUGUUCGGCUGGCUGCGGCGGCGCAGCCUGGGCCGCGGGCUCGUCGUGGACCCGGCGCGGGACAACUUCCGCACCAUGACCAGCCUCUACGGCUCCAUCCACCCCGCCGACUCGGUGUACCUCAGCACCCGCACGCACGGCGCCGUCUUCAACCUCGAGUACUCGCCCGACGGGUCAGUGCUGACAGUUGCUUGUGAACAGACUGAGGUUCUGCUUUUUGACCCUAUAUCUUCAAAGCACAUAAAAACACUUUCUGAAGCUCACGAAGACUGUGUUAAUAAUAUCAGAUUUCUCGAUAACCGGCUGUUUGCAACCUGCUCUGAUGACACUACAAUAGCACUAUGGGAUCUGAGAAAAUUAAACACCAAAGUAUGCACUUUACAUGGCCAUACUAGCUGGGUGAAGAACAUCGAAUAUGAUACUAAUACAAGACUUUUAGUAACAUCAGGAUUUGAUGGAAAUGUCAUUAUUUGGGACACCAACAGGUGUACAGAAGAUGGUUGUCCACAUAAGAAAUUCUUUCACACACGUUUUCUCAUGCGAAUGAGAUUAACUCCAGAUUGUUCCAAAAUGUUGAUCUCAACAUCCUCUGGGUAUCUCUUGAUUUUUCAUGAUCUUGACUUAACUAAAUCUUUAGAAGUAGGCAGCUAUCCCAUUUUGAGAGCAAGAAGAACUACUUCAAGUUCAGAUUUGACCACUUCAUCGAGUUCAUCUGGUCCUAGAGUUUCUGCUUCACCUUGUCAUCAUAGUGAUUCUAAUUCUUCUGAGAAACACAUGUCACGAGCCUCACAAAGAGAAGGAGUUUCACCACGAAAUAGUCUUGAAGUCUUAACCCCUGAAGUUCCUGGUGAGAGAGACCGUGGAAACUGUAUCACAUCCUUACAGCUGCACCCAAAAGGCUGGGCCACUCUUCUCCGGUGCUCAAGCAAUACUGAUGACCAAGAGUGGACUUGCGUCUAUGAAUUCCAAGAAGGAGCUCCUGUGCGACCUGUCUCACCUCGCUGUUCCUUGCGACUAACACAUUACAUUGAAGAAGCCAAUGUAGGCAGGGGUUAUAUCAAAGAACUUUGCUUCAGCCCUGAUGGGCGAAUGAUUUCUUCCCCACAUGGCUAUGGGAUUCGCUUGUUGGGAUUUGACAAACAAUGCAGUGAACUUAUUGACUGCUUACCCAGAGAAGCCAGUCCCCUGCGGGUGAUCCGUUCUCUGUACUCUCAUAAUGAUGUGGUCCUGACAACAAAGUUCUCUCCAACACAUUGUCAGAUUGCCUCAGGGUGCCUUAGUGGACGGGUUUCUUUGUAUCAGCCAAAGUUUUAGGCACAACUUACAUCAAAUAAGGAACUGCUCUGGUAUGUGACUUAUAAAUUACUUCCAUUUAGGUGAAGUAUUUCUUUUUAGAAGAUCAUAUAAGAUUGGCUCAAGAUCCUGGUUCUUAGGGGUCCAUGAACAUACAUACCUAUGACCUGAGUGCUUGGUCAUCCAGCCUCAUAGGGGCAUCGCCAAGUUAGACUCUAUGCAGCAGCAUCUUUUGCCGCAUUCCUCUGCUCCUGCUGAUCUGUGCCACUGAACUCCAGUUAUUUUGCAUGGUGACUCUCAUCAGAUUUAUUUCUUUUCAUUACUUUAACUUUUUUGUUGUUAUUCUAGCAUGAAUUUCAUGGACAUUUGGCAGGAGUUUUGGCUGGAAUGGGAGAAACCAUGAUGUAGUAUUGAAUAAAGCCCAGAGGUUUGAUAUUGGCACACUGGUUGUUGAAAAAAGAAAGUUUAUCUUUCCUUAUCAGUAUAGUUGGCCUUUAAAGUUGCUGUUAUAUUUCUAUAAUGAGCACAGAUAAUGGCAUUCUUAUUACUGUUAGUCUUGCAACAAAAUGUCUUUUUAAGUUUCCUGUCAAAAUUAUUCAAUUUUCCCACCAUAAGAGGCAUUCUUCUGUGAAAUUCUAGGAAAAAAGAUAGCCACCUCUUUUUUGUAAAUUUUUUUAUGAAUUUGAAAACCCCUAGCAUGAAUUUUAAAAAAAGCAGUCAACUACUUGACAUUUUCAUCCUAUUAGCAGACAGCAUUGAAAGGAAAAGUGAAGAAGGAAUGGACUUAGGUCAUUUUUUUAGGAUAUUUCUUUUGUAUAGAAAAGGUUUUAUUUAUUAGAUUAGAUUAGUACUCUGACUGGCUGCAGAGUGAUAAGAACAAAGUGACCGAGAUUUCUGUUUUCCCUGCCAGAUUCUUUGAAUCACAUAUGGUGAUAUCUGAUAGUACUGGGAUAGAAGGGGAAUUUAGGGAGAAAACUUUUACUCAUCUUUCUUCCUUGCAUGCAUCAGUCCAACUCUUUCAUAAGGGAGGGGAGACCUGCUAACUUUUAAUAGUGACUUGGAUGUCAAGACCAAGAGCUAAUAUGAAGACAUUGGUCUGUGCUCUGUCGUGGAACAUGGAACAUAGCGAAGUAAUGUCCAUCAAGCAGAGCUCUAGUCUGAGGCUGACUCUGCUGAAGUGAUCAGUUUUUUUCCUCAAUCCCACAGUCAAUGGCAUUGUGCUUAGAAGGGACUGAAGCAGAAGUAACUCAAGCCAGUGCUACACUUUCCUUCCUACCGAGGUCUCAUGUACUUGGACAGGUGGUUCUCAAGCAUUAGGGUACAUUACAAUAACUGAAGAGCUUAGGAAUACCUGCAGAAAUGUCACCCUCAAGUUGGGAGGUUCUAUUUUAGCUAGGAGAAAACAAAACCUAAGUAAUUUUUUAUUCAAGUGGUCCUAGACCACAACUGGAAAAAUACUACCUUAAAAAUUAUUAGAACUUCUGUACCCAUCGGGUGCUUGACACAAUUUCCAGAAGGUGUUUUUAUCAUUAAAUAAAAAAGCAAGAGGAAAUAAAAGCAAGAGGUAGAAGAUAACUUCAAAUGGAAUCAGUUUCAUUAUUUGACAAAUGAGAGAAGUGACUUGCCUAAGGUCAUCCUGCAGAACAGAGGCAGGAAAUGAAUUCAAGUCUCCUAAUUCCUUGCUCAGGGCAAUUUGUACUGUAUAUAUCCUCUCUGUUAAAACAAUGAUUUAUGAAAGUUUAUUUUGUCUUCAGUUGUACUAUUGUGAAUACCUUUAGUCAAAAGAUUAAAAAGAAAAGCUUGGGAGUAGAUGCUGGGAAUUCCAGCCAUAAGAGAAAAAAGUAUUUAAAGUCUCACAGAAAUAUUUAAGCUACAAAUACAUGAAUAAAAGUAGCAUUUUGGGGCCAGAGAAAUAGCUCAAUGGACUGUAGUGCAUUCUUUGCAUACAGGAGACCAAGUUUGAUUCCUAACACUAACUACACAGUCCCCCAGCACCACCAGGAGUAACUUCCAAAUACUAAGGCAGGAGUAGCAGUUGAACACCACUAAGUAUGGCCUCAAAAUAAAUUUAAAAAGCAACAACAAGGCAUUUCUUUGUAGGACCUAUUGAAUAGCUACUUCAUAAAUGCUUCAUACAUACUCUUAUAACAAUGUGGACUCUAGGACAGAGCUUGUAAAUUAGAUAAUUGUACCAUGUAUGGUAAAAAAAAAAUGUCAACAAGGGGUCUGGAGAGAUAGUAAAUCAGGUAAGGCACUUGCUUUGCAUGCAGUUAACCCAGGUUCAAUCCCUAGCACCUCAUAUGGUCCCUUCAACCCACCAAGAGUGAUCCCUGAGCAGAGCCAGAAGUCCCUAAAUACCACCAGAUAUGGCCCAAAAACCAAAACAGCUACCACAAAGCACAGUGAAAAAUCAGCAGGAAUACUAUAACUCUUAAAAAUACAUAUUUAAAAUAGCUUUAGAGGCAAAAAAAAUCAAGCAACCAUCAUAAAUAAGCUAUGAAGUACAAUGACUAUUGAUAAAAGAAAAUUUCAUCAAUUGCAUCCUUUAUGAAGAGGACCUCAUGUUUUAAUUUUUAAAUAAAAUCAUGAGAUGGUUAAAAA